AUGAGUUUCCGGGGUAGGCCCAAUGAGGAUCCAAAUGCUCACCUUACCAAUUUCAAGAUGAAUUGUAAGGCGAUAAAGAAAGGGCCGGGAAUCACCACGGAAGAUGUGCUCCUUGAGGCUUUCCCAUACUCACUCAUGGAGAGAGCAAGAGAUUGGCUCUACACUCUUGAGCCAAACUCCAUUUCAUCUUGGGACGAGAUGGAGGAGCAGUUCCUUAUGCAAUACUAUUCACCCACCAAAACUCAACACGCAAGGAAUCGGAUCAAUGCUUUUAUACAAGAGGAUGGGGAGAAUCUUCAUGAUGCAUGGGAACGAUUUAAAGAAUACCAAAGGAUGUGCCCUCACCAUGGAAUGGAACGAGAUUACCUCCUAUCUAUCUUCAUUCAUGGAUUAAAGGAUGACACUCGAUCAUGGAUCGAUGCGGCAUGUGGGGGUGACAUGUAUGACAUCCCUUUUCAAGAGCUAGAAGCAACAAUUGCAAAGUUGGCCAAAGGACGAGGCCAUACAUCAAAUGAGUUCAGUAGGAGGGGCUCAACAAAGGGAGAUGCGGGAGAAGGAGCAGCACUCAAGGCGGUGUUAUCUGAACUUGUUGAGAUACGGAUACAACUUGCAAAUAGUAAGCAAGUAGCAGCUAUAGAGGAGCCAAGUUUAGCACAAAUCCAACCGGGGAUGUAUUUGGUCAAUCAAGAAGCGGAGGAAGCCAAUUAUGUUGGUCCAAACCAAUACAACCAUCCUUCCAACCUAUACCAUUCUGGGUUAAGGAACCACCCAAACUUCUCCUACAAGAACCAAACAAGUGCAAUGAACCCGCAAUCGACAUUUCAACGGAGCAACCAAGGACCCCCGGGGUUUCAAUCUAAGUUCCAGCAACAAGUCCAAGGAAACCAAGGUUAUCAAGGAACAUCGAACUAUAGACAACAACAAGAGCAACCAAAAGUUCAAGAUCCCGAGAUCAAGGACAUGCUGAUGCAAAUUCUCCAAGGGCAAAAGUCACAAGGAAUCUCUAUCGGAAACAUCGAGAAUGAGCAAAUUGUAUUCAAAAAGCAAUUGGAAGGAGUACACUUGUUGCUGGAACUUAGAUUGAAAACCCGGGGUCCUUGGAGAAGUUUGGGUGGUUUCUUAACCCAGGAUGGUAUAGGUUGGAAGGGUGGUUGUAUUGGUUUGGAUCAACAUAAUUGGCUUCUGAACCCUCGAGAGCACAUUAAUGCAGUGGAGUUGAGAAGUGGAAAGCAACUCCCGGAAAUCAGUCCACCCAUGAGUGAAAAAUCACCAACACCAAGGCUAACAAGGGAAGAGAAAGGCAAAGCGGUGGAAGAAGGCGACUCCACGACAAACACCUAG